AUGGAGCCGCCUGUCACGGUAGUUUCCUUCGUGAUUAACGUUGCAUCGCUGAUUGUGGUGUCGUAUGGUCUUUACACAUGUACGGGCGUCGAGCUGCCUCCGAGCCUCAAGGAUGCCGGUCACAAGCAGUUCUUGACCAAUCUGUGCGCGACGUUCACCAUCCUCAACGAUCUCUGCAACAUAGCGAACUUUGUUGCCCAAAGCUCGGGCUCUCCCGUGCACUCGCUAUCGUUCGUGGCGCGGCACGUGACGCUACCGCUGGCUAUGGGUGUCGAGUCGGUGGUAGCCGCUGUCUACUGGCCGUUGCGGUUAUUUGCAAUGCAUCUGAUCUUUACCAGCAGCGCGGACAACGACCGGUGCCCGAUCCCGCUUCCAUCGGAUCUGGCAAUCCAUCUGGCGCCAAUCACGUUUCUGCUGUGCGACCACUACCUAUCAGGCGCCGGUACUAAGUUCCGUAUAUCGAACCGUGUGGCCUCUUCCAUCGUUUUGGCGCUUGGCUUCGGUUACAAGGCAUAUCUGGACAGGCUAAUCGAUAAAGAUGCCGGUCAGGCCUUCCCAUACCCAUUCUUGGACGUGGAGGAACCCAAGAGAUCCAUCAUCGCGGGCCUAGUCACCUCCUUGUUCAUGCUGUUCUAUCUGCUGUACCAAAGCAAGCCGCCCAAGUCCGUUAGACUCCCUGGCAAGAUCGACUAG